AUGAAUUCUGUCUGCUUGGUUACCGCUGCCGGUGCCGCCGCGCCGUCACCGACGCGUGCAUCGGCGACUGGCGAGGGAGCGCUCAUCUCUUCGUUUGAGUCACCAGUGGCUGAGCAGCGCUUAGCCUAUGAGGUCGCCGCCGCACACGCGCUGCGCGGUGGUCGUGUGCUGUUCCUCACCGCCCCGACGAGUCAAGCCUUCUCGCUGGCAAGAUUUGCGGUGACCGUCGAGAGGCAAUGGAUGGCGUUGCAGCAACUGCGGCAAGAGGCACUACGUGCGCUACAAGCCGACCCCGCAACACUUCGCCAUGCCCAGAACGUCACACAGGUGGGCUCUGCAGGGUGCACUACCUCGUCAUCGGCUUCUGCUCGCACAGCGUCGUCCAAACCGCGGUCGCAGUUGCUCAGCUCAGAAGCCCACCUCCGUGCCCGUCAGCGAGCGGUGCUGGACGCUGUCCGGCGAGUAGAGGUGCUGCCUUGCACUUCCAUGGACGAUUUCUACGCCGUGUGCCAGGCCUACACGUUCCCCACAGUUACCGUAGAGGAUGGUGCGACAGACGCUUCGGCUCCAACAGACACGCCAAACUCGCCAUCCUCAACUGAGUGUGGUGCGACAGGUUCGCGCGGCGGCGGCCGGCCCAGUGUUUCGAGGGAACCGAAGAUGAGGGCCAAGCCGGUGCUUACAUCCUCGCUGUCUUUCGUGGAUUCCGCUGCCGCGCCAGCCCCCACGCCUGCUCGCAGCUCCACGCUGCAUGAGGUGGACAUUGUACCGCUGUGUAUCGUGGACGGAUUUAUGGGGCCAGUGUCGACGUCAGCGCUACUCGAGCGCGCGUCCGGUCAGGCCAUCCCGCUUCUGCAUUAUGUGCUGUGCCUUCUGCAACGUCGUCUCAAGUGUGCGGUGAUGGUGGUGGAGGCAGGAGGUAGCGUGGCAGCGGGUAGUGGCACUAGUGGUGGCGCUUGCUGGCCUUCCUCCCCGUCGCCGUCAGAAAGUCUGGCUUCUGCGAGCUCUUUCUCCGGCGGGCGUCCACGGAGCCGAGGCGACGUUUGUGGUGCCCUACCAUCUCCUGCGAUGGUGCUUGCCGCCUCAGAUCUGGUACAGCGGCUGCGUUCUCCCCACAUGCAUCCGUCGCCAAUCGUGCACGUCUCUCACGCCGCAUGGUCCCUGGCACAGGUGCCAAUGGGGAGCUCCAGCGAGGUCGGCGGUGAAGUCAAGCGUCAGCCAGGAAAGAAAGCUACGCGAGCCGAUGGCACAGCUGAGCACUCGGCGCGCACGUGGUUCUCGCAGGCACCGCCCGUCUCCCUUCAUGACGUGCAGUUAUCUGUAGCCUAUGUCGAAUGGGAUGCCGUGUGGCGCCCGUUGCGGCACGACGACCGCCACAUGGAGGCUUGCGAUGCAAGGAACGGCGCCAUCUCACAGCAUGAUGAACUCCUUCUCCCUUUCAGCGUGGCAUGGCGAUACCGUGUGCAUCUCAUGAAGACGACUGUUAGCGAAGGUGCCGGGUCGCGGGUCGGCGGCACCGAUAGCCUCCUGCAGAAUCGCCAGAGCUGUCCGAGUGGGCCUCUCUGGCCCCCCUUUCGUGGCUCGCGCCGGCCAUCGGGUGUGCUGACGUCCUCCUCUAGCACGCCCAACAAGAUGCAGUACACUGGUUCAUGGAUGCGGAGCUCCCAGUGGCGGUACCUUUAG